CACACACACACUCACACACAUCUAUAUACAGAACAUGGAAUCGUCCAUUAAGCUUAAGGAGAGCAACAGUAACAGCAACAGCAACAACUCGAAUGGGAAUCAAAAUGCGAUCCAACUCUGCUGCAAUGGUUCAACGGGUUCAAGCAGUACAACUGCAGUUGGCAUUUGCAGCAGCGAUAGCUUUAGCAGCAUGAUGCCACCAACGGGGGCAGCAACGGGAGCUGCAGCUGCAACGCCACGUGACCACGAACUCGUCAGCGCCAACAGCAUCGAACUGAAUGCGGCGGCAUCGCUGAGCGAUGACAGCGGCGUCCCUUUGACCACCAACAGUUCCAUUUCCAGCGGCGACUCCUAUCGCAUUGGCAUGUGCAAGUUUGAAAUCGAGAUGGUGGAAAGCGAUGGCGAGGUGUCACAAUUUGAUUCACUGGACAAUUGCUCGGAGGGCGGCAUGAGUGCCGAGAACUUUAACACACUGAAAAAGGGUCCCUUGGCACCCAUUGAUCCGCCGCCCGAAUUCCAGGAUUCGCCACAGACCACGCUGGUGCGUUCCAUCUCGAAGAACAUUGUGAAUAGCCUGCGCCGUUGGACAUCGUCGCAAUCAUCGUUCGAGCAUCUGAAGGAUGAUGUGACCAUGGUCAGUGCUGCUGCUGCGGCGGCCAACAGCCAGGAGCUGAUGCUGUUGCUGGCCAAACCCAGCUGUCAAGACAACGGCGGCAGCAGUAGCAACCACAACAGCAACCAUAACCACAACCACAUGGCCAACAGCAGCACAAUCACAGCGACAGCAGCAGCAGCAGCAACAACAACAGCAGCAACAAUGUUGCCAGGUGGCAACAGCAGCAGCAACCACGGCGGCGGCAGCAAUGCGGCAACCACACAAUUGCUGUGCGGCGCUGAGCGUACGCUUAAGGAAUCGUAUGCCCUCAAUAAGCAUCUGUACUCAAGUGAUUCGAUACUCAAUAGCCAUACGGAUAACAUUUACGAUGAGCCCAAUAAUAUCAUAAGCAGCUCGCUGGGCAACAGCAUUGAUCUGCUCGACGAGGACGAAGACGAUGACGAGGAUGAGGAGGAAGAGGAGGAGGAGGCCGAGGCCUCGGAGCAGAGCAGUUGUUCGCCAUCGUUGCCAUCACCGCCGCCGCCCGUUUCGAUCAUUAAGAUUAAGCAGACGCUGUGUCCCUACUAUCAGGAUCACACGCGCUACUUUAAGGCCAUACCCACGGAGCAGGAUAGCAUUGCCAGUGCGAAGGCGGCGGCUGCACAGCAGCGAUUCAACAGCGCUGGUCUCUCGGAGAUUCACGACUACGAUCUGUACUACGGAGCGCGCAGUCGGCAAUCCCAGACUCAAACGCAGACGCAGACUCAGCAGCAGUCGCAGCAGCAGCAGCAGCAGCAACAACAAACGGAUAACAACAGCAGCUUGCAGCGGAGACAGCUGCUUUACAGUCCGCUGGGUCACACGAGCCACUGUCACUAUCAUUCGCACUACAAUCACCAUCCGCAUCAGCACUAUGGCCACCACCAUCAUCACCAUCAUCAGCAUCAUCAUGGCCAGCGUCCCAAUUCGCGCAACUCGCUCAACAGUCGCCUGAGCAGUUCGCACAAUUCGCUGAACGUGUCGUCGGCCAAUAAGCCGGAUGAUUCGAUCUUCAUAACGCAAGCGAUGUCGCACGAUGCGCUCUUCACGCGUGAGAUAUCCGAUUUCUAUAAUGUGCCCAUCGAUUCGGAUAUCUAUGCCUUUCCCGUCGACAUGAUUGAGCAGCAGCAGCAGCUGCUCGAGAAGCAGCAGUUGCUCGACAAGCAGAAGCUCGAACAGCAGCAGCAGCAGCAGCAGCUGGAGUUGAAUGGAGUUGGAAGCAAACAGCAGCCGGCUUACCACAAGGCAGCGAGUAGACGCAACAAGCGCAAUAAGCGCAAGCAACGCUAUGCUUCGGGUGCGGCGACCACGACGACGGCGGCCGAGACGAGCGACGAUUGCGGUGGAGGUGGCGGUGGAGGAGGAGGAGGCGGCGGUGGCGGUGGCAACAAGCAUGGCAAAUAUCGUACGCCUGUGAUGCAGAGUGACACGGAACCGCUGCACAUGACGCUGGACGAGGUGAAGCAGUUCUAUCACACACUCUACUCGGAUGCUGGCAAAUCCUCUUGGUGCAGUGGUGCUGCAAGUGGCGGUGGCGGCGGAGGAGGAGGAGGAGGUGGAGGAGCGACAACAACAAAGGCAACAAAGGGGAUGGGCGUCAAGUCGAGCAACGAGACGAUCUGGAGCGUGUCGACGAGUGCGACAAGCACAACAAACACGACUACAACGACGGCACGCACGCGCAGCAGCAUCGGCACCACACGAACCAGCGGAGCAGGUGGCGGUGGUGGGGCAAAUAGUGGCGAGAGCAGCGCCAAGUAUCUGAGCAAGCAGAACAAACAGCACAACAUUGACAAUGAUAAGCUCAACAAUAACAACAACAACAACAUCAAUAACAUCAACAACAGCAGCAGCAGCAACAAUUAUGCCCAACAACAGCAGCAACAACAACAGACGCCUGCAGCCGCAUUGCCCACCUCAUCGGACAAGCUGCUUGCCCCAAGCGAGCAGCAGACGAACAACAAGCACGUGCUGCACACGGAGAAGAAAUCGCAGUUCUCGCUGAAUCUCAAGCAAAAGUUCUGCAGCAUUUUUCGCUUUCGCCGCAGCAACAAUCACAAUCGUUGCAAUCGCAGCAAUGCGAGCAGUGCGACAACUGCAGCAGCCAAUGUGACAGCAGCUGCCGCGUCAGCAGCAGCAUCGGCAGCUGCCUCAUCGUCGACGUCGUCGUCAACGCCCGCCAGUUGUGCGGCAAAUGUCACAGAUGCCGAUGCAGAGCAGCGCAACGAAACGAAUGCCGAUCUGCGCAAAAAGUUUCAAUCGCGCGCCUUGCCGCCAUUGCCAAAAAAGGCUUAUGCCAUUGAUGCCGCCGAAACGGAGACUGAGGAUCCAAAGAAAAGCAACGUUGCCCAAGAGCCGCGUGCGCUGCAGUUUACCUCCAGUAUUGAGAAGGUCAAGGACUAUGGCUGGUACUGGGGUCCACUGUCCAGUGAGGCGGCCGAGAAGGUCCUCUCCAAUGAGCCGGAUGGAUCGUUCAUAGUGCGCGACAGCUCCGAUGAUCAUUACAUAUUCUCGUUGAGCUUCAAGCUAAACAACUGCGUGCGCCAUGUGCGCAUCGAACAGGACCAGGGCACAUUCUCGUUUGGUUCGUAUGCCAAGUUCAAAUCCCAAACUAUAACCGAGUUCAUUGAGAAGGCCGUCGAGCAUUCGCGUAGCGGCAGAUAUUUAUUCUUUCUGCAUCGUCGGCCGGAGCAUGGACCAAUGCGUGUGCAAUUAACCAAUCCCGUAUCUAGAUUUAAGCAUGUACAAAGCUUGCAGCAUAUGUGCAGAUUUGUUAUACUAAAGGCGGUUAUACGAAAAGAUCUAAUACAGACAUUGCCAUUACCCAGAAGACUUCUAGACUAUCUUAACUAUAAGCAUUGCUACUCCGAGCAGGUGGAGAGCGAUAGUUCUCACUCGCAGAUUUCUGGCGAUGGAUCCAUGUAAAAUUCGGUAAAUGAAUGGAGGAUGAUAAUCAAUUUGGGACACGAACAGGAACAGUAUGCUGCGUCGACAUAAGCGAAAGCAAACAGAAAUUAUUACAUUAUAUAAGUAGUAGAAUUUAAAACAAACAAAAACAGAUAAACAAAUGAUACAGCAAACAGCAAGAGCAAAGGCAUUUAAAACGUUCGCGGAAAGAACAAGAUGCAAAGCAAUGCAGCAAAGAGUUGUUACGAAAAAAAAAACAAAAAACAAACACGACAAAGAAAAAGAAAAAACAAAAUUCAAAACUCUGUUUAUUGAUAAUUUUUUGUACUCGGUGCUAUACUAUAAAUAUUAACUAAUUAAUGAAAAGUAAACGCAAAAAAAAAAAACAAAACACAAAAACGUAAACGUAAACGAAAAGGAAAAACAAAAGAAAAUAUUAUAAAUUGAUAUGGAUUAUGCGUAGUCAAGUAAAAACAACGACAAAACCAACAACAAACAAUAGCAACAUAGCAACACAACACAACACAAAUAAACAAUAGAUGUAUAUAAUUAUGCAUAACUAAUAACGAAAUCUAAUAGAUAACAAAUGACAACAAACAACAACAAACACACAGCCAGCUCUACACUUUGUGCACGACAUUUUGAGCGAGAUGAAAUUCUAGAAUUGUAUAACUUUAAUGCUUGCCUUUUAGCUGUGAUUUCCCCACAUACGAAAAAAAAAACAAAAAUCUAAUGUGCAGAUAGGAAGAGAGAGAGAGAGAGAGAAACAAGGAGAACAUGAAAAAGAACGAGAUGGAUGUAUUAUUAUAAGAUAAGUUUAAGAUUGUAGAGAGUGUUUUUCUGAAUUUGCAAAUGCUUCAAUUUUGUAUGUUAAGCGGUUUGUUAAAAGUUUUCAAUUUGCUCAAGGAAUAAUCAACGAUACAACGAAGCAACACAUAACGUGAAACAUAAUUGUCUAUCUACACAUAUACUGUUAGUUUAUGUAAUUUAUGAAUCUUUUGCAAAUUAUGGUCUGAUCAUGAAGAUGAUGAUGAUGAUGAGAAAUACUCAAGAACAAACAGAAAUUGCUCAACAAAUAUUUGUCGCUCCUUGUUCACACAAAUUGAUAUUGAAUUUUUGUGUUGUAAUUACAAUCUUCAUCGAUACAUCGCUCUCAAUAUAAAUACAGAAAAUCGUGCUCAGAGUGGAAAGUCUUGGCAGCAAAAAAACCCAUAAAACUUAUAAAAACAAGUUAAGUUAAUGAAAUCGACAGGAAACGAAGUAUUUGCGCAAUAUGCAUAUUGAUAUUGAAAAGAAUUAAAAACAAUGUGAAAGAUCAGAUAGCAAAAGCAUAAAUGUUGAUGGUAUUUAUGAAUUAUAUAUGAAAUAUAAUUAUUAUGUAUUUAAUUAGUUGAAGAAUUAGGAACGGAAUGUGGAUGGCUGUUGCAAACGACGAGAAUUCGCUUGCCAAACGCAAUAUGUACAUUGAUUUUAAUGAAUUAAUUAAUUUACGGAUCGAUUGUUAAACCAUAUUUGUUUUGUACUUAUUUGUUAUUUAUGUUUUAGGCUCAUUUCGAUUUUUUUUUUUUUUUUUUGUAUCUCACAUUUUAUUUUUUAUACUUGUUUUUAAUUUUAUUUUGUAUUGAACUAUCCCAAAAAUGUUGUAAAUAUUUAUUUUGAUAAAUUUAUAAAUAAUAUAUAUAUAUAUAUAUAUAUAUGUCUGUCUGUCAUACAUGCAAAUGUGAACAACAUGCAAAAACCGAAUCAUGUUUCCUUUUUAAGCCAAACAACAAACAAACAAAACAGCGAGAUACACAACAAUUGCAAAAUAAAAUACACUGUGCAACAAAUUUGAGAAACCCUUUCAAUUUUGUUACAUUCUACGCGAUGCAUAGUGUGUUUCCCUGUCUAUGGAAAUGAAUUAAGCAAUAGAACAAAAUACAAAAUUAAUUAUAAAAACAGAAACAAAAUACAAUAAAAACAAUAACAAAAUGACCAGAAAAAUUAAAAAAAAAAAUAAAAAAUAA